UAUGACUUGUCUGUUUAUUGUUGAAUACUGCGCCAUUUUCACCACGGCUAGAUUGCAAUAGUUUUUGUAAGCCUUGGAUUCGACAGUUUUUACUGGUAUAUAUAAAGACAAGAAUAUCCUACCAAUAUCAGUGACUGUUACUUGUGAUAAUAUUGGAAAGAUCUUAAAACUUCUGGAAGAAAAAUAUCAUCGUAAAUUCUAAAUCAAGACUUUGCUGUUUACAAGGGAUGGACUUACCUUUUUCACUUAGACUACUGUUUUCAGUCCUUUUUCUGCUAGAAUGUAGCCACGUAGAAGCAGCAUCAUUUGAUUAUUUUACACUGGCAUUUCAAUGGCCUAUUACCUACUGCAGCGAUAAAAACACGAAUUGUUACCAGAAGCAUAUUUGGACAAUCCAUGGAUUAUGGCCCUCAAACAAAAAUAGAAGAAAUCCGGAUUACUGCAACAACACAUUUGAUGGGUCACAGAUAACGACGAUUGAGAAAUCAUUGGACGAGUUUUGGCCAAACCUGGACUUAACUAAAAAAAAUAUUGAUUUCUGGUCUUACGAGUGGAGAAAGCAUGGCUCAUGUGCAUAUAGUGUUGCAGAAGUGAACACCAUUUUGAAAUAUUUUAAGAAAGUCUUACAAUUGGCUGAACAGUAUAACGUAACCGGUAUCCUUUCGAAGGAAAAAAUAACAGAAAACAACUUCAACACAUAUACAAUUAAUAAAGUUCAGUCAGCCAUGAAACUGAAAACCGGACAUAAAUCGUACAUAACUUGGAUCAAAAACAGAUGUACUCCAUUGCUGUCUGAAAUACGGAUCUGCUUCAGCAAAACGUUUGAUGUUAUCGACUGUCCAUUGCCAGCUCAAUCAAUUGAAAUUAAAGUUAAAUACCCAGCUGCAUGUACAAAAAAUCUUAAAUCAUCAAAAGAAGGUGAAUACCCAACUACAAAUACACAAAAUUUUAAAGAAUCACCUAGUAGUUGUGGACAUUGUAUAAAGCCAAAACCUCCCGACAAUACCACGGCGGUUGAAGUCGAAGUAACUUCCCUCUCCGUCUUCCUGCUUAUAGCUUUUGGUUUUGUCCUUUAUGUGUUCGUCCAAAAAUGCAAACGCUCAUCGUAUGAACAAAUCUCUGACACAAUGAGAAGUGAUGAAAAUCAGCUGCACCCACUUUAAGUUUUGUUUUAAUAUUACAUUUUACAUUGCGAUUGUGUUGUAAAUGUUAAUGAUACUAUCAUAAUAUAAUGACUUUGUAUGACUUUUAUGACUUAUGUUAACCUCGUUCCUAUCUCGACGUUAUUUUUGUAAACUGAAUAAUAAUUAUCAAGCAUUUUUCCAAGUUUUAUAAUUCUUAUUUACUAUAUUGUAUUUUAAAUACAUUUUGUUGUACAAGUAUGUUUGUUACUUACUGAUGAUAAUAGGGCUUUCAUUGCACAAAAUGUAUGUUUAUUGAUAUGACCAAGUUUCCUAUAAAUGCAUUUCUACACAUUCGAGACCUUUUUAUAUGUAAAUGUAUAGAUUUAGAUGUACAGAAUACAAGGACUGACAGAAGUAAAAUAUCAAAACUAGAAUUAGAACAUAAACAUUAAUCAUGUAUUCAAUUGAUUUAGCUUUUGCAUUAUUUCCACUUUAUUAAUGUCAUGACAAUAUGUCAAAUCUAACUUGAAAAUAUUUGUUGUAAUAAUGAUGUUCUUAAUAAAUUAUUUUACACAUUAAA